GGGGCCGCUUAACUUUGGCUGCGGCUUUGCAAUGGCUGGGGGUCGUGGGGUCCCCGGGCGCAGCCGUGACGAGCCUCCGGAGAGCUACCCGCAGCGACAGGACCACGAGUUGCAGGCCUUGGAGGCCAUCUACGGCGCCGACUUCCAGGACCUACGGCCGGACGCGUGCGGAGGGGUCAAAGGACCCCCUGAAAUCAAUUUAGUCGUACCCUCAGGGCCUGACCGUGAAGAAGUAUACGUGAAAGUGGACUUAAGGGUGAAAUCACCGACCUAUCCAGAUGUAGUCCCUGAAAUAGAGUUAAAGAAUGCCAAGGGUCUGUCAAAUGAAAGUGUUAAUUUGUUAAAACUCUGCCUGGAAGAAGUGGCCAAAAAACAUUGCGGAGAGGUGAUGAUAUUUGAACUGGCUUCCCACGUGAAGUCAUUUCUCAGCGAGCAUAACAAGCCCCCUCCCAAGUCUUUUCAUGAAGAAAUGCUGAAAAGGCGGGCUCAGGAGGAGCAACAGAGGCUGUUAGAGGCCAAGCAGAAAGAGGAGCAAGAGCAACGUAAAAUCCUUCAUGAGAUUCAGAAAAGGAAAGAAGAGAUAAAAGAAGAGAAAAAAAGGAAAGAAAUGGCCAAGCAGGAACGUUUAGAAAUUGCUAGUUUAUCAAACCAAGAUCAUAACUCUAGGAAGGACCCGGGAGGACACAGAACAGCUGCCAUUCUACGUGGAGGCUCUCCCGACUUUGUAGGAAAUGGUAAACAUCGAACCAACUCCUCUGGAAGGUCUAAGCGAGAGCGUCAGUAUUCUGUACAUAGUGGUGAAGAUUCUCCUGGCUCUUGUGAAAUCCUGUAUUUUUCUAUCGGUAAUCCCGAUCAGCUCAUGGUGUACAAAGGAAAAUGUAUUGGCAGUGAUGAGCAGCUUGGAAAAUUAAUUUACAAUGCUUUGGAAGCAGCCACUGGCAGCUUUGUCUUGUUGUAUGAGUGGGUCCUUCAGUGGCAGAAAAAAAUGGGCCUAUUCCUUACCAGUCAAGAGAAAGAGAAGAUUGAUAAUUGCAAAAAGCAGAUUCAAGGGGCAGAAGCAGAAUUCAACUCACUGGUAAAAUUGAGCCAUCCCAAUGUGGUACGCUACUUUGCAAUGAAUCUCAAAGAGCAAGACGACUCCAUCAUGGUGCACAUUUUAGUGGAGCACUUCAAUGGGGUUUCCCUUGCUGCACACCUGAGCCACUCAGGCCCCAUUCCCGUGCAUCAGCUUCGACGGUAUGCAGCUCAGCUCUUGUCUGGCCUUGACUAUUUGCACAGCAAUUCUGUGGUGCACAAAGUUCUGAGCAUAGCAAAUGUCUUGGUGGACGCAGAGGGCACCGUCAAGAUUACAGAUUACAGCAUUUCUAAACGCCUAGCAGACGUUUGCAAGGAGGAUGUGUUUGAGCAAAGCCGCGUCCGUUUUAGUGACAGUGCCCUACCAUAUAAAACGGGGAAGAAAGGGGAUGUUUGGCGUCUUGGCCUCCUGCUGCUCUCCCUCAGCCAGGGACAAGAAUACGCAGAGUACCCUGUGACCAUCCCUAGUGACUUACCAGCUGACUUCCAAGAUUUCCUAAAGAAGUGUGUUUGCCUGGAUGACAAGGAAAGAUGGAGUCCUCAGCAGCUAUUGAAACACAGCUUUAUAAAUCCUCAGCCAAAAAUGCCUUUACUGGAACAAAGUCCUGAAGAUUCUGGAGGACAAGAUGACAUCGAGACCGUUAUUCCUAGCAACCAGCUAACCAAUGCUUCAUCCUUCAGUGAGACAGAGAUACAGUUUUCCCGAUAUUUCACUGAGUUUGAAGAAUUACAGCUUCUAGGCAAAGGAGCUUUUGGAGCCGUCAUCAAGGUGCAGAACAAGCUGGACGGCUGCAGCUAUGCGGUGAAGCGUAUCCCCAUCAACCCAGCCAGCAGGCACUUCCGCAGGAUCAAGGGCGAGGUGACGCUGCUGUCGCGCCUGCACCAUGAGAACAUUGUGCGCUACUACAACGCCUGGAUUGAGAGGCACGAGCGGCCGGCUGGCCAGGGCACGCCACGCUCGGGCACUGGACGCCAGGCCCAGGACGGGCGAGCCUUGCCCCGGCUGCCGGUGGGCGACAGCGACACAGACGGCCCCGACAGCGUGGAGGCCGCCGCCCCGUCGCCCAUCCUCACGGGCUCGGUGGAAUGGAGCACGUCCGGGGAGCGCUCUGCCAGCGCCCGCUUCUCCGCCGCAAGCCCGGGCUCCAGCAGCGACGAGGACGAUGAUGAAGAUGAGCACGACGGUGUCUUCGCACAGUCCUUCCUACCUGCUUCAGAUUCUGAAAGUGACAUCAUCUUUGACAAUGAAGAUGAGAACAGUAAAAGCCAGAAUCAGGAUGAAGACUGCAAUGGAAAGAACAGUUGCCACAAAAGUGAGCCAUCGGCAACCACUGAGGCUGUGCAUUACCUUUAUAUCCAGAUGGAGUACUGUGAAAAGAGCACUUUACGUGACACCAUUGACCAGGGACUGUAUCAAGAUACCGUCAGACUCUGGAGGCUUUUUCGAGAGAUUCUGGAUGGAUUGGCUUAUAUCCAUGAGAAAGGAAUGAUUCACCGGGAUUUGAAGCCUGUCAACAUUUUUUUGGAUUCCGAUGACCAUGUAAAAAUAGGUGAUUUUGGUUUGGCGACAGACCACCUCACCUUUGCUGCUGACGGAAAACAGGAUGAUAUGUCAGGAGAUCGCUUGAUUAAAUCAGACCCUUCAGGUCAUUUGACUGGAAUGGUUGGCACUGCUCUGUAUGUAAGCCCAGAGGUCCAAGGAAGCACCAAAUCUGCGUACAACCAGAAAGUGGAUCUCUUCAGCCUGGGAAUUAUCUUCUUUGAGAUGUCCUAUCACCCCAUGGACACAGCCUCAGAAAGGAUCUUUGUUCUCACCCAACUCAGAGAUCCCACUUCGCCUAAGUUUCCGGAAGACUUUGAUGAUGGAGAGCAUACAAAGCAGAAGUCUGUCAUCUCCUGGCUGUUGAACCACGAUCCAGCCAAGCGGCCCACGGCCACAGAGCUACUCAGGAGCGAGCUGCUGCCCCCACCCCAGCUGGAGGAAGCGGAGCUGCAUGAGGUGCUGCACCACACGCUGGCCAACGCGGACGGGAAGGCCUACCGCACCAUGAUGGCCCACAUCUUCUCCCAGCGCAUCCCCCCCGCCAUCGACUACACCUAUGACAGCGACAUCCUGAAGGGUAGCUUCUCAAUCCGUACUGCCAAGAUACAGCAGCAUGUGUGUGAAACCAUCAUCCGCGUCUUUAAAAGACAUGGAGCUGUCCAGUUGUGUACCCCACUACUGCUUCCCCGAAAUAGGCAAAUAUACGAGCACAACGAAGCCGCCUUAUUCAUGGACCACAGCGGGAUGUUGGUGACGCUUCCUUUCGACCUGAGGGUUCCUUUUGCAAGAUACGUGGCAAGAAAUAAUAUAUUGAAUUUAAACGGUAAGAAAUACUGCAUAGAACGUGUGUUCAGACCUCGCAAGUUGGACCGAUUUCAUCCCAAAGAACUUCUGGAAUGUGCAUUUGAUAUCGUCACCUCUACCACCAACAGCUCUCUGCCCACUGCUGAAAUCAUCUACACUAUCUAUGAAAUCAUCCAAGAGUUUCCAGCCCUUCAGGAAAGAAAUUACAGUAUUUACUUGAACCAUACCAUGUUAUUGAAAGCAAUACUCUUACACUGUGGGAUCCCAGAAGAUAAACUCAGUCAAGUAUAUGUUAUUCUGUAUGAUGCCGUGACAGAAAAGCUGACGAGGAGAGAAGUGGAAGCUAAAUUUUGUAAUCUGUCUUUGUCUCCUAAUAGUCUGGGUCGACUCUACAAAUUUAUUGAGCAGAAGGGAGAUUUGCAAGAUCUAACACCAACAAUGAAUUCAUUAAUAAAACAGAAAACAGGUGUUGCCCAAUUGGUGAAGUAUGGCUUAAAAGACCUAGAGGAGGUGGUUGGACUGUUGAAGAAACUUGGCAUAAAAUUACAGGUCUUGAUCAAUUUGGGUUUGGUUUACAAGGUGCAGCAGCACAGCGGGAUCGUCUUCCAGUUCAUGGCACUCAUCAGACGGAGGCAGAGGGCUAUAUCCGAAAUCCUUGCAGCUGGUGGCAGAUAUGACCUGCUGAUCCCCCAUUUUCGAGGACCACAGGCUCUGGGGCCAGUUCCCAUUGCCAUUGGGGUCAGCAUAGCUAUAGACAAGAUAUCUGCUGCUGUCCUCAACAUGGAAGAACAAGUUACAAUAAGCUCUUGUGACCUCCUGGUGGUAAGUGUUGGCCAGAUGUCCAUGUCCAGGGCCAUCAACAUAACCCAGAAGCUCUGGACGGCGGGAAUCACAGCAGAAAUCAUGUAUGACUGGUCACAGUCCCAAGAGGAAUUACAGGAGUACUGCAGACAUCGUGAAAUCACAUAUGUGGCCCUUGUCUCAGAUAAAGAAGGAAGCCAUGUCAAGGUUAAGUCCUUUGAGAAGGAAAGGCAAACAGAGAAACGCGUGCUGGAGUCUGAUCUUGUGGACCACGUUGUGCAGAAACUGAGGACUAAAGUCAGUGAUGAAAAGACGGUCAGAGAAGUUUCUGAAAAUCUUGCAGUACAAAAUCUGAAGGGGUCAUUUUCUAAUGCUUCAGGUCUGUUUGAAAUCCAUGGAGCAGCAGUUGUUCCCACUGUGAGUGUGAUAGCCCCAGAGAAGCUGUCAGCCAGCUGUAGGCGGCGAUAUGAAACUCAGGUACAAACCCGACUUCAGACUUCCCUUGCCAACUUACAUCAGAAAAGCAGUGAAAUAGAAAUUUUGGCUGUGGAUCUACCCAAAGAUACAAUCCUACAAUUUUUAUCACUAGAGUGGGAUGCUGAUGAACAGGCAUUUAAUACAACUGUGAAGCAGCUGCUGUCACGCCUGCCAAAGCAAAGAUACCUGAAAUUAGUCUGUGAUGAAAUCUAUAACAUCAAAGUAGAAAAAAAGGUGUCUGUGCUAUUCCUAUACAGCUACAGAGAUGACUACUACAGAAUCUUAUUUUAAUCCUAAACAACGGUCAUUACACUAUUCAGACAGGAACGUAUACUAUAAAAUGUUGUACAUUCAUUGUAAUUUUAAGUUAACUUGACAUUCUAAGAAGCUGUCCUACAAAGUUGAGCUUUGUAAGUUUUUCGUAUGUAAUAUAAAUUUAUCUUUUGGAAU